AUGAUCCGCUUCUUCCACUGCUGCCGCUGUGGCUCCCCAUGCCCAGAGCCACCACCAAUACCGCCUAUGCUGCCACUAACACACCGCCAAUGCCUUCUUCCGCCAGCACUUGAUGAUCCGCUUCCACUGCUGCCGCUUUGGCUCCCAUGCCCGGAGCCGCCAGCGAUGCCGCCACCAAUGCUACCACUAGCAUCGCCCCCAAUGCCUUUUCCGCCAGCACUUGAUGAUGCGCUUCCACUGCUGCCGCUGUGGCUCCCAUGCCCAGAGCCACCACCAAUACCGCCCCCUAUGCUGCCACUGGCAGUGCCGCCAUCGCCUUCUCCGCCAGCACUUGAUGAUCCGCUUCCACUGCUGCCGCUUUGGCUCCCAUGCCCGGAGCCGCCACCGAUGGCGCCAGUGAUGCCGCCACCAAUGCUACCACUAGCAUCGCCCCCAAUAUCUUUUCCGCCACCACUUGAUGAUCCGCUUCCACUGUCCGCUGCUGUGUUCCAGCUGUGCCCGAGCCGCCAC